CGGCACGGCAGCGACGCAGCAGAGAAAACUCGUUGCCUUUCGUUUCACUAAUUUUAUAUAACUUUCGGAGUGACACAGCUGCCGACACAUAAACAAAAAAUAAAUCGUAGCUUGUGAAUAUUUAGGUACACUCUUCCCAAAACUGCAACCCGGCCUGCAGUUCAAAAUUCAUCGUGUUUUAGAUCAAGGUGUUCCAGACGGUAAACAAGCAAUAGCAACAACAGCUGGCACAACAACAACAACAUCACGAACAACCUGUGCGCUUCUGAUUAACAUUUCUGGUCAGUUAUAUUUAAUAAACAAAUCGGUAGCAUCAUGUCGAUCAGGAGAGCUAUGUCCACAACGGCCUCGAAAGAGUGGCGGGAUUACUUUAUGAGUACCCACUUUUGGGGCCCUGUGGCCAACUGGGGUAUUCCUGUGGCUGCUCUCGCCGACACACAAAAGAGUCCCAAAUUCAUCUCCGGCAAAAUGACAUUGGCUCUGACCCUGUACUCGUGCAUCUUCAUGCGAUUUGCCUACAAGGUCCAGCCCAGAAAUUGGCUGCUCUUUGCCUGCCACGCCACCAAUGCCACCGCCCAAUCGAUCCAGGGACUACGCUUCCUCCACUACAAUUAUAGUUCUAAAGAGCAGCAGGCGUAAAACCCUGCCCUUAAAUCAACUUCCCCGAGAACGACGCGCGAAGCCACUUUAAAUGUUUACCCAACAGCAGCAGCUAUUGCAAUUUACUGCCACCACACGCAACAAACAUCUAGCAAAUUGCACUGCCGCAAUCCACUUCACAUCAAAUCCAAGUGGUGGAGUAAUUGCCGGGAAUCACACCCGCACAAUUGGCUGAAUCUCGAAUCGCGAAGUUGUCGUGCCCAAAUCGCCGUUUUCGAUGGGGUCAAACCCCAAUUCCAAUUGAGUCCCCAACUUGUUACUUUGCCCAUUUAGUUAAUUCCGUUAGGCAGUUGAUCCAAAUUUUAAGCCAGUGCAAUCCUUAGUUUACGAUAAUAGCGUAUGUUUACAUGAAUAUGGUUUAAAAUUCAAUAAAACUUUAACAAUGAA